CCUUACGCAACAACUACGUAAUUGCUUCAACAAAACGGAACUACUUCAGUACAGGGCGCAGUUAACUGUAUUAAAUAACAUUUGUAAUAGUAUGAUUUAGACUUUAGAAACUAAGAAAUGGAUUACAAGGUAAUUGACGUACUGCGAGGACCGUCAAUAGUUCUGUUGGACGCUCUGGUAUCAAGAAAACUAUUAUUUCCACCGAUUUCAAAUUUGUACUUGCGAUUCCUGUUUAGAACUUUUGGGAGCUGUGUAACUUUGUGUCUAUUCGCAUGCAACCAAACAUGGCUGGUGGAAUUUUAUCGGUUUAUCGCUGGUGCGUUUAUACUGGGUCUAUCAACUGCACUGCAAACAUGCUUUGUAGCUUCAAGUUACUACAUGUAUAACUCCCACCACACCCCACUGAAUGAGUCUGUUGUUGUAUCAGUGUUAAACUCAACAAUUCACGCAGAGACAAUACCUAUUUAUGAGAUUGAUCUUAUUGUCAAAAGUUUCUUUUAUCUGCUGGUACAGUUUGGUUUGUAUAGUUUAUUCACAAGUAAAUAUUUAUAUGGAAGCAAACUACAACAAACGAAAAACUCAUUUGGAUACUUUCUUACUUCAUCUUCAACAUUCGCAUUGUUCAUAAAUGUUCAUGAAAACCUGUUCACAAUCUCAACUUUUACAACACUUUUGCCACAGUUUAUCCCAUUAUACAGUGCUGCAUAUGCUGGCUUUACUGUCAUACUCACUCAACUGCCAGUAGUGGUUCGUAUGGCGUGGCAAACCCUGCUAGUUCAUGGUCUCCCUGUGUUUGUGCAGAAUAUGUGGAUUAAUUUCAGAGUGCCACAAGUUUUGAGGAUAUUCUUCAUAUACCGCUGCCUGUGUGUGCUUUUCAUCAUAGGCUUCACAGCACACACGGAACCUGUAGUGGAGAGUUCCACAAAACCCAUGGGAAUCUACUACUACUUCAUGAACAUGCCAAGCCAAUAUGCUUUGGAUGAAAAAGGAGUAAAAAACUUAACAGAUUCAAAUCUCACAAACGAUACACCAAACUUGCUUGAAAACUCUACUGUAGUUUUAAGCUUCAAUCUUGCCGAACUUGGCGCUAUAAUGCNNNNUGAUUCAAUCAUAUCUGUCUUUUCGAUUGGUUCAGCAGUGUCUGUACCACUUUACUACUGCGGUAUAAAGCUUCAUGAUUUUGUGGGUGGGGCUGAUUUAGAGCAAGCAGAAUUCCUUGGCACCAUUGCAGCUGUGUUGUUCUGCUUACUGGCUGUACAAACUGGUCUCAGUGGCUUACCACCUGUGAAUAGACUUCUGCGUCUGUAUAGGAAUGCUUGCUUAUUAAUUGCAGCCGUGUUACACUACAUGCAUGAUCUGGUUCAUCCUGUUCUUAUCAACUUAAGUGCACAGGUCAACAUAUCCAUGAAGCGACAUGUGAGGCCGCUUCUUGUUGCUUUCAUUCUUCUUAUUCUACCUGUAUGCUUCAGUAUAUGGUUGGUCAAAACUAAACCAAUAUCUACAUGGCUCAUUGCAGUUACAGCUUUCAGCAUUGAACUCAUAGUAAAGGUCCUUUCCACAUUGCUUUUAUAUUCACUGUUUGCUGCUGAUGCCAGAAUGAAUCACAAACCUUGGCCCCACUUAGAUGAUUGGGUGUUUUAUGUCCAAGCUACCGGGCAUACAGUCGAGUUUAUAUGCGGAUGUGUUAUGUUUGUAAACGGGGCUUAUGUUUUGAUAUUUGAAUCUGGAAGCGCUCUACGUGCGUUCAUGAUGUCCAUGCACGCGUAUGUUAAUAUUUACAAAUCAGCAAGAGAAGGACUGAAGACUUUGUACAACAGGAAAACUGUGAACGCAAGGAUUGCUAAACUUGCGUUACCAGAUGAAGAAUGUUUAUUGAAUCACGGAGAUGAUGUUUGUAGCAUCUGCUACCAAAGCUUCACUGAUGAAUUUGGUGAAGUUCGAAUAACAAACUGUGACCAUCUUUUCCAUUCAACUUGUCUUCGAAAAUGGCUUUACAUCCAAGACACCUGUCCGAUGUGUCACCAGAACAUAUUCAAAGAAGUCAAAACUGAAUGAUUUCAAUUUUAUCAUCAAUUGGAUGUUUUAUGCAAUCGUGUGAAUAAGAACGUUUUCUUUUGCAAAAAAAUAAAAUAUAGAAUAAAGUUUUUACCAAGUUG